ACUCAGCAUUCUAUUUUAUACAGAGGUAGAAAGAUUCAAAGGAAGCGAGAGGAACGCCGCUCUUUCGCCAAUCACUUAACUAACUCUCUCUUCUCCUCUCCUUGAUCAAAUUUGAUUCUUCGAAGCUUCAAGCUAGAGAAAGAAAGAGCUCUCGAAAAAUGGGGAAUUUUCUAGACAAGGAACCGCCGCCUCCGGUCGUUCUUGUCCCUCCGCUGUUUGAUUUCCCACCUCUCUCCGCCCGUAACAGGAUGUUGGAACCAUCAUACAACUUGCUGUUUGGGAAGCUUGCUUUGAAAUGUCUCUUUGAGGAUUACUUUGAAGAAGCCCGUCAAUUCUCUGCUAAGUUCCUCUUGAAGCCUAUGGAUGAUCCUCAUGUCGACUUGGUUGCAUCUCUUUCAGGCGCUCUAGAUCGUAAAGCGGAAGGUGAUCUCGUGGGGAAUGCAUUGUUUCGCUGGCAAAGUGAUGUUGAUGAUCCUCAUACUUUUGUGGACCUCUCUGUGUCAACCUCCAAUCCGGUUCUACUGAUGAGGUCUUCUGCUUACUACCCUAAAUAUGGAAUCGGAGCAUUUGCGGUGUACCCUUUGCUUUCAAAGAAGGCUGAACAGUUAUCUGACGAAUAUGGAAUCAUGGGGUUGAGGUACGGCUCAACGAAUUUGUCUCUCGGAGCUACUGUCUCUCCUUUUACCACAAAGGACGAGUUUCCGAAGAGUGCAUGGCUGGUAAGCAAGAUGGGAAGGCUUACUGUGGGAGUGCAGUAUGAGCCGCUAUGUGAUGAAAACAAAGACACCGCAAAAUACACCGACUUAAGGAACUGGAGUUGUGCUGCUGGCUAUGGAGUAGGGUCAAGAAGCCCCUUGAGCCCUUCUUUCAACUUUGGCCUUGAAAUAGCAAGGAGUUCUCAGUUUAUUGCUUCGUUCUACCAACAUGUAGUUGUCCAAAGGCGGGUGAAAAAUCCUUUUGAAGAAGACGAAGUAGUUGGAAUCACAAACUACAUUGACUUAGGUUUUGAGCUACAAACGAGGGUCGAUGAUUCCAAGGCAUCAGACAACCUCCCAGAUUCUUCUCUGCAGAUGGCUGCGUCUUGGCAGGCCAAUAAGAACUUCUUGCUGAAGGGUAAAGUUGGAGCUCUAAGCUCAACACUCACAUUAGCAUUCAAGUCGUGGUGGAAACCGUCUUUCGCAUUCAAUAUUUCAGCAACUACUAAUCACUCGACUAGAGAAACAGCAUAUGGUUUUGGUCUACGUGUUGACAACAUAAGAGAGGCCAGUUACCAAAGAGCAGAUCCAAACUUUGUAAUGCUGACACCAAACAAAGAACAUCUGGCCGAUGGGAUUGUGUGGAAAAUGGGGAAGAGACCAAUGUUUCAAUCCGAUUUAGACGCUGAGAACUUCAGCGAGCUGCCUAAAGAACUCAGACCUCCCCAGAAGAUUCUCUAACCUUAUUAAAUAAAAAAAUUUGUUCUUUUUUUUUUUUUUCAUUUCUUGGUUUUCAUAAUAAGCUUGACUAAAGAAGUUUUAUAGCAGUAGUAAUAAACCAUAGCGUUUUCAAAAUGGCAACUCUCUUCGGUUUAUAACCGAACUGAAAUUUUUGUUUUUCAUUAUAAAUCAGGUUCAACUCGCUAGAUUAAAAAUAAUCCGGUUAUCGUUUUGGUUU